AAACCCCAGGGCAUGAGCAGUCAAUGCGCUGCGUGUCUGGGCUCUAAUUGCGCCCAGUGCGACAUGAGGCUCUUCAAAAUUUUGGCAAAGGGGAAGGAUUCGAUAUAUCGUGCAGUUUCCAUCCGCUGCAUGAUUUAGGCAUUGCCAAAAUCUCCGAUGUUGUGGGUUUGAACUCGCAGGUGGGACAUCUGAACGUCCUGGGAUUUGCUCACUCCUUGGUUCAGGCCCUUACGAUGCCAUACAGAAAUAAUGAAACGAGCAACGCUGACCAGAGUAGGAGAUGUCGAUGCGGAUAGUCCGAAGUAUGUCAAUCUAAAAGCCAUGAAAUUGAAGGGCGUGGGUAAAAAGUGCGCUACAUUUCGAUUCAUGCAGCAGCUGAUGCUCCGCGAAACGCCCGCCAUUAUGUUUAAAAAGGGAUUUAAGAGUGAUUGGACAUGGGGGUUCCUGUGGGGGGUCAGCGAGAGGCAGGUCCAAAUCAUAUCUCCGUAUACUGGUACGGCCUUGUUGAGUGAACCUGGUGACUGCGGGGCUACGUGGUUUGUGAUCGAUCCCGAUGAGUGUACAGGCCAAAACGGCGAAAAGUAUCUGGCGGCUUUACCUGUUGGCUGUCACUUUGGUAAGCCAGACGCCGGGUACACAGAUAAUAACGGCAGAACCUACGACCUCGCGCUGGGUGAACCACACUGGAGAGCAUUUGGCGAUGUUUACUACAAGAUAAACGAGACCGUUCAGAAAAUUAGCGGAAUGAAGAAAGAGGACAUAAGAAUCAAUAUGGCUGACUCGUUCAGCCCUAUCGUAUAGUUAUUAAGAUAUGGCGGUUGGAGAGAUAGGGGGGUAUUUGUUGUAUGUGCAAAACUUUAAAACCCUGAGCCCCAAAGGCUCU